AUGGCUACUCACUGGGAAAGGUUGGGCAGUGGCCACCACUACCAGUUUAAAGGCGACAUUUCCAGUGAGCACUUUAACUCUGUUGCUGGCUUGCUGGUUACUGAGUGUGAAAAACUCUCCCCAGGAAUCCUGAACUCCCAAGAAGCAGUUGUGCUCUCAGUGCACUGGAUUGAGACCUGCAUCAGCAACAGUGAUGUUGGUUCUUCUCUGCCUUCCUUGAGCAAUGUUCUGGGCUGGAAUGCUGAUCAAGCAGAGGCUUUUCUGAGCAAAUUAUUCAGUUCUGGAUACCAGAUUCUGGAUGGCCAGAGCCUUACAACACUUGGGAGCUUGGUGAUUGGAUUGAACAGCAGCAGCCUGGAGGCUGUGCCUGCCAAAGCGGUCUUGGAUGCUGUUAAAGUCCCAAGCUUUGCUGAGAAACUAGAGGCUGCGUCACCCACUCUGAAAACUAUAUUCGUGGAAAAGCUAGUUGCUGCUGUAGAUGGAGCCAAUGACUUGGUGAAGCAUGUCCCUAAUGGUCUGGUUCCCUAUAUACCAAAAUCGUUGUUGAACUUUGGUGACACAUUUGACAUUCAAAACCUCAGUGACAAACCAUGGAGCUCGGAACAGGCUGCCAUGUUUUUUGAUGAUGUAAUCAAGAGGGUCUCCGAUUUCAACAGUCUGUCCCCUCAAAUCUUACAUGGCUUCACCUGUGCGGUCGUUGCUAAUAUGGACGAUGAGAGAUUCCAACAGCUCACCAAGGCUCUGAAGCAGAAGAACGUCCAACUGAGAGAAGAUCAGCUAAGCUGCCUAGUCAAAUGGAUCAUGCUUUGUGGAAUGCCCAAGGAUUUCAAUACCUACCCAAAGGAAGUGUUCCUUUUUAUAAGUCUGGCAGAUUAUGCAGCAAGUGGAAACUGCAAAGAGUAUAUCACUCGUGUUGGGGAAGCCGACAUUGAUAUAUUAAAGAAAGGUUCCUCACAAAGAACGCAGCUGCUGUCGGAGGGUUUAGCUUGUCUAAAUAUCCAUGGCAUCCAGGUGAGCAAAGAAGAUGCAGAACUUCUAGGCCACUUGGUUUGUGAUCUUGGUGUGGAAUACAUCACAGCAUCUGGUAAAAACUUGCUGAAACAGUUAAAUCAGUGCCAGUCCUUCACUCCUGAUCAGAUCAAAGCAAUUCAAGCUGUCCUCAACAGUGGGAACACCCCCUUCGGGCCUCCUUCAAAGUGGUCAUUAUCUACUCUGGAGAAACUGAGUGGUUUGUUCCAUAUAUUUAAUGACAGCAUUCUGCAAAAUAUCCCUAAAAGCGUUUUAAUCCCAUGGCUGAAACACUUCAUACAGAGUUCCCAUCCGCCAAGAGAACAGCUGGCGUCUGUUGUGAAAUGCCUCCAACCGUCCAGGGAGAAACGAAGCUCAGCAGAAUGCCCACCCGAUAAAGCCAUAACGGAGGAGAUGCUAAAGGAUGCCCUGCUGCCGAUUUAUUAUGAUGCUAAGCUGUUACAGAUGUGCUUGAAGGAUGACCUCGUGAGGAAUAAUCUUCACGAAUUUUCGUACCAUGCUUUCACUUCCAAUCAGCUGCAUGUGAUCAAGAAAAAACUGGACAAGAUGUUUCCCAGUGGAUAUCCGAAUUCAAUUCUCCGCCACCUUGGGGUCUUCCUGGGUUUAAUGGGUCCUGAGGACAUUAAAAAGUGGAAUAUCACCUCGGCAGCCACACUGGCUAGUUUGUUGGACAUUCUGCCUAACAAGCGCCUGGCCACCCUAAUUAUUCAGCAAUAUACUAAUUCUGGACAGCCAUUUGAUAGCCAUGCUCUCAAUGCCAUUCAGUCAAGAUACAUAUGCCUCCUGAAUGAGAGUCAGCUCAACAUGAUUCAUGAAAACGCCAUCAAGAUGGCCAUCAAGCUCAACCCAUCCAGAUGUCCCCAAACCACCAAGGAUAUCCUGUAUCCCAAAGCCAAGUGGGCUUUCUCUGACCGACAAAAUGAUUUCCCUGAUUAUUACAACCUGAUCAAGCCAUACCUGGGAGCAGCUCCAGGUGAGGAUCUCAGUGCGCUCAGCAAACAUGGGGUCAACAUGGACAUGAAGACUUUCUUGAGCUUGCGAAGAGACGCUGUGAUGGAACUAACAGCCAACGAUGUAAGAGGCUUGCUUGGAAUAAAUCUGCCAGACCUGACAACUCAGCUGUCCAAUCCUGUAAUAAGAGACUGGAUCCUCCAACAGAAGCAGUCUGAUCUGAACAGUCUGGGCCUUGGACUCAAUGGUGGUCUUCCAGAUGGAUACGUUGUUCUUACUCGUGGAUCUAAUCGGUCAUCAGCUGCACCGUUUGCCACCUUUCUUCAUGUCUUCUCCACAUUUCUUCUGACUGUGCUGCUGACUUCCUACAUUUCAUGA